AUGAAUGAACCUAACAUGGGGUGGAUCGGUCGGGAUCUUGGCCUUGAUAAGUACGACUCGUCUCAGCCGCUCGGCUAUCUCGCGAGCCCGUGGGAAAGCAUGCAGCUGGCCAAUGGGAAUUCUAUCACUGUUGCUAAAUAUGGAGAAGCGUAUAAAUAUCUCGGGCAUUAUACGCUGAAUAAGGAGCAUGUUAGGGCGUUCCUGCCGGGCUAUAGCGAUCCGUGGUAUGACAAUGGAAUUUGGGAUUACGAUUGUGAGGGGAAGAUGCGCCUGUUGAAGAAGGGGUAUUUUGACUUUAAGACUAAGGAGGAUUUUCAAGGUGGCAACUUGCGUGCUGAGCGGGUGUGA